GUUCCCGGGGCGGGGCUUGUGUGUUUUUACUUCCGGAUCCCACAGCUAUGACACCGGAAGCCGGAAGCGGGGAUUUCGACAGCGGAGUAGGGAAGGGCGACCGCGAAACUGGGACUUUGUCGGAGCGCCGGGGCCCUACCAGCGUUCACAGUCCGCCGCUCCCACCCUUCUCACGUCUGACAGACUCUGCUGACAGCCCUUGCCCUGUUGGAUGAGCAGGCACCUCUGGAAGAGCCAACUGUGUGAGAUGGUGCAGCCCAGUGGUGGCCCGGCAGCAGAUCAGGACGUGCUGGGCGAAGAGUCUCCUCUGGGGAAGCCAGCCAUGCUGCACCUGCCUUCAGAACACGGUGCUCCUGAGACCCUCCAGCGCUGCCUGGAGGAGAAUCAAGAGCUCCGAGAUGCCAUCCGGCAGAGCAACCAGAUGCUGCGGGAGCGCUGCGAGGAGCUUCUGCAUUUCCAAGCCAGCCAGAGGGAGGAGAAGGAGUUCCUCAUGUGCAAAUUCCAGGAGGCCAGGAAACUGGUGGAGAGACUCGGCCUGGAGAAGCUCGACCUGAAGAGGCAGAAGGAGCAGGCUCUGCGGGAGGUGGAGCACCUGAAGAGAUGCCAGCAGCAGAUGGCUGAGGACAAGGCCUCUGUGAAAGCCCAGGUGACGUCCUUGCUCGGGGAGCUGCAGGAGAGUCAGAGUCGCUUGGAGGCUGCCACUAAGGAAUGCCAGGCUCUGGAGGGUCGGGCCCGGGCGGCCAGCGAGCAGGCGCGGCAGCUGGAGAGUGAGCGUGAGGCGCUGCAGCAGCAGCACAGCGUGCAGGUGGACCAGCUGCGCAUGCAGGGCCAGAGCGUGGAGGCCGCACUCCGCAUGGAGCGCCAGGCCGCCUCGGAGGAGAAGAGGAAGCUGGCCCAGUUGCAGGUGGCCUAUCACCAGCUCUUCCAAGAAUAUGACAACCACAUCAAGAGCAGCGUGGUGGGCAGCGAGCGGAAGCGAGGAAUGCAGCUGGAAGAUCUCAAACAGCAGCUCCAGCAGGCCGAGGAGGCCCUGGUGGCCAAACAGGAGGUGAUCGAUAAGCUGAAGGAGGAGGCUGAGCAGCACAAGAUUGUGAUGGAGACCGUUCCGGUGCUGAAGGCCCAGGCGGAUAUCUACAAGGCGGACUUCCAGGCUGAGAGGCAGGCCCGGGAGAAGCUGGCCGAGAAGAAGGAGCUCCUGCAGGAGCAGCUGGAGCAGCUGCAGAGGGAGUACAGCAAACUGAAGGCCAGCUGUCAGGAGUCAGCCAGGAUCGAGGACAUGAGGAAGCGGCACGUCGAGGUCUCCCAGGCCCCCUUGCCCCCCGCCCCCGCCUACCUCUCCUCUCCCCUGGCCCUGCCCAGCCAGAGGAGGAGCCCCCCCGAGGAGCCACCUGACUUCUGCUGUCCCAAGUGCCAGUAUCAGGCCCCUGAUAUGGACACCCUGCAGAUACAUGUCAUGGAGUGCAUUGAGUAGGGCCGGCCAGUGCAAGGCCACUGCCUGCCGAGGACAUGCCUGGGACUGUGCAGUCUGCGCUUUCCUCUCCCGCCUGCCUAGCCCAGGAUGAAGGGCUGGAUGGCCACAACUGGGAUGCCACCUGGAGCCCCACCCAGGAGCUGGCCGCGGCACCUUAUGCUUCAGCUCUUGAUCUGCUGGUCCCCUCUUUUAGGGUAGAUGCGGACCCGAUCAGGCCUGACUCGCUGCUCUUUUUGUUCCCUUCUGUCUGCUCGAACCACUUGCCUUGGGCUAAUCCCUCCCUUUUCCUCCACCCCGCACUGGGGAAGUCAAGAAUGGGGGCCUGGGGCUCUCAGGGAGAACUGCUUCCCAGCUGGGUGGCAGCUCUUCCUCCCACCGGACACCAACCCACCUGCCGCUGUGCCCUGGGAGUGCUGCCUUCUUACCAUGCACAUGGGUGCUCUCCUUUUGGGCUGCAUGCUAUUCCAUUUUGCAGCCAGACCGAUGUGUAUUUAACCAGUCACUGUUGAUGGACAUUUGGGUUGUUUCCAAUCUUUUUGUUACCAUAAAUAAUGGCAUAGUAAAAAUCCUUGUGCAUUA